CAUUUAAAAAUUUUCUUCUCUUUUGUGGUUGGAAACAGCAUAAAAUUCUGUCCAAAUUGGAACCCAAUUCCUUAUCUCUGCAAAAAUCUCAUAAAAAGUUUUCAGAUGGUCCAUAUUUGCAAAUUUCAGACAUAAACCCUUACUAGAAACAACCAAUUGACUAAAACAAGAACAGUAUUUUUCUAAUUUGAAUGUUCUGAAAUGGGGUUUUCUUUGGUGGGUUCAUUUGGUUCUCAUGUUUGGUUGAAGAAUUCUUGUCAUAAGACUGUAAAGUUUCAAACUUCAAGCGGGAAAAAGAGGUUCAGUGUUAAAUUUACUUCAAAGUUUAAUUCUUGCCCAGGAAGAGCUUCAGCUUUGCUCUGUAAGAGUGAGGUGGUUGACUUUGAAGAGAGAACAAGCCCUCUUGAGGUUAGAAAAGAGAUAGAACAAUGCUACGAACUCAUACACCGACUGGGGAGGGGAGUUGUGUACUUGGGUUCUUCAAGGAUGGGACCUGAUCAUCCACAUCAUGUUCAAGCUCUGGAGUUGAGUAGAGAGAUUGCUAACCUCCUGGACUGCACCACGUGGUCGGGGGUUGGUCCUGGGCUCAUGGAUGCUGUGACCAAAGGUGCUAUGCAAGCAGGAAAGCCAGUUGGUGGACUUAAAAUAGAUAAAGAAGCAGGUGAAUGGACAGCCUCUAAAUUUCAUCCCUACCUACCUUCAGAAUCAUAUCUGACUUGCAGGUUUUUCUCUGCAAGAAAGCAUGGCAUGGUGGAUGCUGCAGUUAGGAAUAGUAGCUCCAUUAGAACUGCAGUAGUCUCUCUCCCUGGCGGGAUUGGUACACUAGAUGAGAUGUUUGAGAUUCUAGCACUAAUUCAGCUGGAAAGGAUUGGGUCAGAGCUUCCAGUUCCUUUUCUUGUGAUGAAUUACGACUCGUUUUAUGGGAAGCUAUUCGACUUUCUUGGUGAUUGUGAAAAUUGGGGUACUUUAGCAAGAAAUGAGGUUGCAUCUUUAUGGAAGAUCUGUGACAAUAACUCAGAAGCUUUGUCCUACUUGGAAGAAUUCUAUGAUCUCCCUUCUAUUGAAAGGCACGAAAAUAAGUCGAAAAGUACAAGUGGAACAGGUAAUGAGUUUCGGAGCCUAUGAGAAAACUGAUUCUCAUACGACAUUUCUCUUCAAACUGUUUAAAUGAAAUUGUGAGAUGUUGUACUAUUAUUAAUUAUGAAACAUAGAGACUGAUAUUUUGGCAUAGCUGUAGAAUGAAACAUUCAGCUUGGAAACUUAU